UUGCAAUCCUCCUCCUUCAGCCUCCCAGAGUGCUGGCAUUACAGGUGUGUGCCACCAUGCCCAGCAGUGGGAAAUCUAAAAUGAGGCCAACAUUUAUUAUUGCGUGUUUCCCAUUCUUAGUCAAGAAAUCCAAGUCACAUGUCACCCUUGUUCCUUUUCUUUUCCCAGGAAUCAACUCAAUUACAUCACAGAAGAACUCAGAAAUCCUUACAGAAACCUGCCCCUGGCUAUUAUCAUCGGGAUCCCUCUGGUGACAGUGUGCUACAUUCUCAUGAACAUCUCCUACUUCACCGUGAUGACCCCAACGGAACUCCUGCAGUCCCCAGCAGUGGCCGUGCAGGGGCCCCCAGAGGCUGCGCCCAAGGAGGCGGGGUCGGAACCUGGGUUCUCUGGGAGGGCUGAGGAGCUUUUUCGGACCAAUGGCUCUUGGAGGUUAUAGAAGAUCCUCAGGAUUCGUUUCCUUGUCCCGCCAGACCUUUGGUGACCGCGUUCUCUAUCCAGCCUCUUGGGUCGUCCCACUGUUUGUGGCGUUUUCCACCCUUGGAGCUGCUAACGGGUGCUGUUUUACUGCGGGCAGAAUCAUUUACGUCGCAGGCCGAGAAGGGCACAUGCUAAAGGUGCUCUCUUACAUCAGUGUCAGGCGCCUCACGCCCGCCCCUGCCAUCAUCUUCUUUGGCCUAAUAGCAAUGAUUUAUAUCAUCCCUGGUGACAUAAACACCUUGGUCAAUUAUUUCAGUUUUGCUACAUGGUUAUUUUAUGGGAUGACGAUUAUAGGACUUGUUGUGAUGAGGUUUACGAAGAAAAACCAGGAAAGGCCUAUCAAGGUGCCUAUUUUCAUCCCCGUCUUGGUGAUUCUCCUAUCUGUGUUUUUGGUUCUGGCGCCGAUCAUCAGCAAGCCUGCCUGGGAAUAUCUCUACUGUGUGUUGUUUAUACUGAGCGGCCUUAUAUUUUACUUCCUUUUUGUCUACUGCAAGUUUGGAUGGGCUCAGAAAAUCUCAAAGCCAGUUACCAUGUACCUACAGAUGCUGAUGGAAAUCGUCCCACCGGAGAAAGAUCUGGAUUAACAAAUGCAUCUCUUGUAGCUCAGUCAAAGCUGUGAUGAAUUUAUUUUUGUAAGCAGUAUUUGUGAUUCUUUCUUCUUUUUCUUAUGAAAAGUGUUCCAGUGUUUAUGUAAUAUCUUUAGAUAACCUUAAUUCUAUGGGAGGGGUUCUAUAGGAGAAGUGAUAGGUGUGUGUUAGUUAUCAAGAGAAGAGUCACCUAACAGAAGGCUGCUGGCAGGUUGCAUAAAACCACCACCAUUCUGGUGACAACUAUUUAAUGAGGGCACAUCACACUGAAACACAGAGCAGGACUUGGGGUGUUGCUCAGUGGCAGAGCAUUUGCUUAGCAUAUGCAAGGCACUGGAUUCCAGCACCAGCACUGCAAGUAAAUAAGUUAAAUGAAAUUAAAAAUAAAAGAUAUUCCUUAAACUCAGUGAUCAAUAAAGUCUACUCUUUUACAUAAA